UACUACCCCAAAGCUGGAUCCCAAAGCAAUGAAGGCUUGGUCGCCCACGCCGUACACCAAACGGCGCCGGAGUCGCAGCGACCGUUGCGCCCGCUCGACGCCGUCGGGCAACGAGCCGAAGAGCAAGAGCAAGAGCAAGCACUCGUCCAAGUCGCACGGGUCCAAGUCCAAGAAGUCGAAAUCAUCCUCGAAGAGCUCGCUGGACAAGCACAGGAGCAAGGAGCGGUCGUCGGCCACCAGCAAGUCGAAGAAAAUUUUGCAGAAGGUGAGCGGGGAGCUAAAGCACAAGGAAAAAGACAAAUGCUGCUCGACGCCCUCGCCGCGUGGAUGCAAGGAGAAGCACGCUUCGAGCAAGGCCAAGCUGAGCGAGGCGUUGAAGAAGUCCGAGUCGAAGGACAAAGACAAAGACAAGCUGAAGUUGGAGUGCAAGUCACAUGUGCGCAAGGAGGAGAAGAAGGAGGAGAAGAAGCGCCGCCAUGAGCCGUCGAGGGAGCGCAGCCACAAUACUGAGCUUCGCGACGCUCGUAGAAGUGAGCGUGAGUGCGGCCGCUCCAAGGACUGGCGCUCCACGUCUCGACAAACGCCACGCCCUCGCGAACACCGUGCGCCCUCCGAUCAGAGCUCUCGCCCUCGUGCCCGCCGCUCGCACUCGCGCCAGGCGACGCUGCCACCAAGCUAUCGACGUCGCAGCGCGGAUCGUACGCCCAGUCCAUUCAGUUGGCACGAACGCGAUCUCAAGACCGUGCGCCUGCACAUCCGGGGACUGACGCGCCAGGUGACCAAAACCAAUAUUAUUGAGAUUUUUGGCAGCUUUGGCCAGCUGACCAAUGUUGAUUUUCCCAUAGAUCAUUUCUAUCGCAAUGGCUGCACGCCCGUCGGCCGCGGCUUCGCCUUUGUCGAAUACGUCCACCCCGAGGACUGCCAGCGCGCCCUGAAGAGCAUGGACGGCAGCAGGCUCGACGGCCAACGCAUCAUCGUCUCUCCGUUCGAGAGGAGUAUGCUGCGUUUUCCCCUGCGUCGGCGGUACACUUCUCCACAGAAUGGACGAGACCGUUAUUAAAUUCCAAUUGUUGUACAACGCAUACAAGUUACACACACACAGAAAGAGAGGGAAAUAUAGACAGAGAGAGACAGAGAGAGAGAGAGAGAGAGAGAGAGAG